GACUCCUCCAAGGGGCUGCAGACAAUCAGUGCAUUGUCAGCAGGGGCUGCAGCAUGAAGCAAGGGCGCAUCCACACUGAGAGCCUCAGGUCCAAGCCUGCUGAGGUAAGUCUCUACCACCCCCAAGACAAGAACUCAGGGAUGCCAUAGAAGAAAGGAAUGUUACCACAUACCAUCCUCAGCCCCUUCCCUGAGUCUCUAAGCCAGAAGCCCCACGGCCAGUACUGUGCCCUCAGGUGAAGACCAAACCCUGCCAUAGGGGCUGGAGAGCAGCAGGCCUGCUGCUGCUGCUGACACUGCUCACUGCGGGGGCCGUGGCUGGGGGGCUUCUUGGCUUCAUGUACAGCUCUCCCAAGCCGUUGCUGCAGAUGCUCCGAAAGACCUUCCCGAGCUCCAGGGUACCCUGGCCCAACCAAACUACUCUAGUGGAUGUGGCCCAGAACAUGGCAACCAUCGUGGUGACUCCGUUUCAGAGCAACCACAGCUGGGCUGUGCUGUUUGACGGGCAGAACGGCUACAUCUGUUACCGCCCUGCAGAGCACCAAGCCUGCUUCCUCCGUCUGAUGGAAGCCCAAGAUUGGGAGACCCUGCAGCUGCUGCUGAACACUUCCAGGGCCCAAGAGUCACAUGUACCUGGCCGGGAUACCCACUAUGCCCAGGAGCUGCUGGCAGUUUUGGGGGGCCAUACUGUGGACCCUACCCAAGUGGGAGUUUCAGUGCAACACCUUUGUGCAGACACUCCCAUCUACUGGACCCAAUGGGCAGAAGGGCCCCAGAGACAGCGGCUGAUCUACCUCUGCAUUGACAUCUGCUUCCCGAGCAACAUCUGUGUGUCUGUCUGCUUUUAUUACCUCCCAGACUAAGACCCCCUACCCAAGCCCUCCUGGCCUUUGGUUCCAUAGGCCAGUCCUGUCCCCACAGGUCAGUAAGCUGGCCAGGUCACCAGUACCUAUGGAAGGCAGCUGACAGUAGGGAUUAAUAAACCCAGAUUGCCUGGC